AAGGUGUUGCACAUGACAACUUUCCCAACCACCAGAAGUCUUCCCUUCCAGAGAAAGAACGGUAGAUGAAAACUUGAAAUGAACUAAACAGCCUCAAAGAAACCUUACAAAGACGAUUGAUUCAAGUGUAAAUUAUAUUUAUACAGAGAGAGAGAGAGAGAGAGAGAGAGUCCUAUGUAUUAGUCUUAGCUCUGCUUUCUGUUUUGGUUUUGUGUAGAUUCAGAAUGAGCUGCUUGUAUGAAAUUAACAGGUGGUGGAGAAGCCACGUAAAUCUGUGGACACUGUACUUACUGUUCCUAGGUCAGAUGGUGUCUUUUGUGCUUGCAAUGGGCAGCAUCACUUCUUCUCUAGUAGCCAGUCUUGGUGUUGACGCGCCCCUUACACAAUCAUCCUUCAAUUACUUGGCCUUAGCUUUGGUUUAUGGCAGCAUAUUGCUCUACAGGCGCCAAAAACUACAGGUUUCUUGGUACUGGUAUCUCCUUCUGGGCUUAGUUGAUGUUCAAGGAAAUUAUCUUGGUGUGAUUGGGAAGUAUUUAAGUUUUAUAUGUGGAACAAGAGUCCUUUUCAUGCUGGUUCUGGGUUAUAACGAGCAAGCCCACAUGUUUUGCACCCGAUCAACUCUGCAUUUUCAAGGUAGUACAACAUGUAAAAGUUUGGAUGCAUGUUAAUUUUCUAAC